AUGGCCCUUUCCCCACCAAAUGACUUAAAUCACGAUCCAGGUGAUUUUGAGGAAGCGUUUCGUGUGAUCAAAGUUGACGAAAACACCUGGGUUGGUGCUCAUCCUUUGAGACUUCCAAUUGCAGGCGCCAGGGGCGUCUAUGGUGGCCACACAUGUGCUCAGACGCUAUUAGUGGCGAUGGAAUCAGCACCAGGCUUUAUUCCACACUCGUUUCACUCCCAUUUCAUCAAAGCUGGUUCCCACAAAAUUCCAUAUACAUUUAAAGUAACCAGGUUGCACGACGGAAGAAACUUUUGCAUGAGAGAAAUCAAGGUAAUUCAAAAAGACGUCAUUAUCUACACAGCGUUAAGUUCUUUGAUCAAGAAAGGUAAGACGGUGACGUCUGGGGACUUAAACAUUAUGCAUCCUCCGCCUCCGCUUUUUCGAAAGUACCCUGACCCUAGCGAACUAAGAGUUAUCACUCAUACUGACUUUGUGCGAAAUGCAUUCUCGAAGGAGUUUGAAGACUACACGUUGUGUCCCGAGGAGGACAACCUUCGGGCGGCUGAAAGAUGGAUUACCGUGUGGAGCGGGCUCCAACAACCAAAGAAGAGUAAUAUGGUGGACCCGAAAUAUAAUUAUGUGGGAUUGGCCGAUCUUUCGGACUCAGCAUUGCUUACAACUUUGGCCAGAGUUUUGCAUCUCCACUGGAAUCCAACGGUGGAAAACCCUUACGAAAGCUUUGAUGAAGAUAAAGAUGCAAGAAACAUCAUGAAUGUCACAUUGAAUGCAUUACACAUUUUCCACUACAAUGCCAUGUCUCUUGACCACCAUUUGUACUUCCAUUCUGACGACUUCAAUGCGUUUAACAUUGUCAAGGACUGGUUGACGUUAACGUACCAGUUUAAGAUCUUGAGAAACAAUCGAGCGUUGGUGCGCGGCUACUUCUACAAUAAGGAAGGCAAUUGUGUAGCAACAGUGAUACAAGAAGGGCUAACCUACAUGAGGCCUGGAGUUCCCAACAAGCACAGAAUAUGA